AUGUCGAAAACUGUUAAAAUUCCGGAUAUGUUCUUGAAGGCGGCUGCUGCCUCCAAACGAAAGUCUGCAAAUAACACAGAAAAAUUGCCAGAAAAACCGUCAAAGGAAAUAAAAGAAAAUGAAACUGUCAAAAAGAUGAAACUCGAAGAAUUAAAUACGGAAGCAACCCCAGCACCUCUCAAAAAAGAACUCAGUUUGAAAUCAUUGCUACAAAGCGAAUCGUGGUCAAAACUCCUGGAGGAAGAGUUCAAAAAAGGUUACAUCUCGAAAAUUGAGAAAUUUUUGAAUGAUGAAGAAAUCAAAGGAAAGCAAGUAUUUCCGCCAACGUCUCAAAUCUUCACAACAUUCAACAUUCUACCUUUUGAUGAAAUUAGUGUUGUAGUCAUUGGACAAGACCCAUACCAUGAUGAUAAUCAAGCUCAUGGAUUAUCAUUCAGUGUGCAGAAAGGAGUGAAGCCACCGCCAUCGCUGAAAAAUAUUUUCAAGGAACUCGAGUCAGAUAUUGAUGGAUUCAAGAGGCCAGAUCAUGGCAAUCUGUCAGGAUGGGCCCGUCAAGGAGUUUUCAUGCUGAAUGCAACUUUAACAGUUCGUGCUCAUGAGGCGAAUUCCCAUGCCAAAAUCGGAUGGCAGACUUUUACGGACACUGUGAUUCGAAUCAUUUCAAGAAAUUCGGAGAAGCCGAUUGUGUUCUUAUUGUGGGGAGGGUUCGCACAUAAAAAAGAAGAAUUGAUUGACUCAAAGAAGCAUGUAAUUAUCAAGACUGCUCAUCCAUCUCCACUCAGUGCACGCAAAUGGUGGGGUUGUAAAUGUUUUUCAAAAUGCAAUGCAGAACUUGAACACUCUGGUAGAAACCCAAUAAACUGGAGUGAUUUGUAA